AUGAAAAUCACUAACUUUCUUGCGUUGGUGUUUAUUGGAGUUGUGUGUUCCGAUGUCGGCGCAAGGCAACUCCGAGGAGUGCCCAAAUCUACUAAGUUAUUGACGGCUGAAAAACUAUAUACUCCGCCUCUUUGUUCCGCUGGUGGCAGCGGAGGUGGCGGUGCAAGAGUUGCCAUCAGUGGAAGCAAUAACACUGCAAGCGACGACGGACAUGCAAACGGAGAUGGGAGUGGACGCAGCAACUGUCCCGGAGGCAUAACUGUUGGAGGUGGAGGUGGAGGUGGUGGCGGUGGUGGCGCUGGCGGUGGAGGUAGUGGUGACUUCGGUGCUUUUGGUAACGGAUAUGGUAGUGGUUACGGUAACGGUAGUGUAAGUAAUGACGGAACGUAUAUGGCAAGUGGAGGUGGUAGCGGCGGCGGUGGAGGUGGUGGUGGUGUCCCUGGUAGUAACAGUGCUAGCAGCAGUGGAAGCGGAAGUGGUAGUAGCAGCGGCAGUGGAACCGUUAUUGGUCCUGGCGUGUAUAUCUAUACAAGUGGUGGCGGAGGUGGUGGUGGCGGUGGUGGAGGUGGUGGUAGUAUCAACGGUAGCUCGAGUGGCAGUGGUAGUGGCAGCGGCAGUGGCAGCGGUAAUGUCACUUUCAAUGGCGUCGGAAGUUAA